AAGAUAUCCCCCAAUUAGUUGUGUUUUCUACUCUGUUUUGUUUAUGCCUUUUUCUUCAUCAAAUCAUCAAACAAUCCCAAAAAUUCUCAGAAACAAAAUAAGAAAAUUAUAGCAUAUGGCAAGUUGUAACAUGGCUUCUGCUGCAUCAAGGUUUUUGGUGGCAACUCCUAAUGUUGCCUCCAACACCACUUCUCGUACUAAUAUGUUAUUUUUUCCCUCCAACAAGAUCACCACCACCCCGAGACUCGUCGUAAGGGCGGCCGCAGAAGAGGCUGCCGCACCAGCCGCGGCCGCUACUGCUGAACCAGCCGUUGAAACCAAAGCUGCUAAGCCACCUCCAAUUGGACCCAAGAGGGGAUCCAAGGUGAGAGUUCUUAGGAAGGAAUCUUACUGGUACAAGGGCACCGGUUCAGUUGUAGCUGUUGAUCAGGAUCCAAAAACUCGUUACCCAGUUGUUGUACGAUUUAACAAAGUGAAUUAUGCUAAUGUUUCAACCAACAACUAUGCAUUGGAUGAAAUUGAAGAAGUGUGAAAUGAGAAUGUGCGCCCUCAAGUGGAAUUAGAUAUUAUUUGUAGAAUGCAAGGCCCUUUGUUUUUUUUUCAUGUUUAUUCUCUAGUUAUAUACUGGCUUUGAAUGUGAAUGAGCGUCUUAUUAUAGUUUUUGUGGCAUUACUCAAACUCUAUUCUUUCUAAUAAGAUGCGGAGACGAAUUCAAAAUUUGAA